AUGACUUGGGCGGGCGCUAGCUCCUUCACCAUUCCUCGGGGCGACUACCACUUCGGCGACACGCUCAUCGACAUCCACAGCCUGGUCAACUUUUCUGUGGUGGCGCCCGGCGUGACCUUUUGGUUCAGUCGAGGAGGCGGUCUCCGUCUCUUUGACUGCUGGAACCUUCGCUGGAGCGGGAGCCACCCCUCCGCGCCCUUUGUGAUUGACUACGACCCGCCACUCUACGCACAAGGCCGAGUGACUAGAGUGGGCGAUCUGACCUCGAGCGGCAAGGUGGAGGCUGUCUUUGACUCGGGCUUCCCCAUGCCGAGUCAAAGGGAGGAGGUCUUCUCCAAGGCGCGAACCGCCAAGGUCGCCUUUUGGGACCCGAGCACCCGCACCAUGCGCCGCGACCCCCGCGAGGACGCGAUUAAUCUCUUCUGGGAGCGCUCCACGGCGCUCGGGGACGAAGGUAGGCGCUGGCGCGUCGAGUUGCGGGGCGCUCGUAAAGUCGCGUCCUACUCCACCCCCGUAAGUGUCGGCGACCUCGUCACCGUCGCGCCCAUUAGCUACCCACACGCGCUCAGCGUGAGUGGCAGCGAAAGUGUGACGCUGCAGGCCUUCCACAUCUACGGCGCAUCCUCGAUGGGGAUCGUCGAGGCGGCGGGACGGGGUGGCAACGUGUACGAGAAUAUGCGCAUUCCGCAGGCGCUCGGCAGCGCGUUCGCGGCGCUCGCCGCCGAGCACAGCACAUGCCCCUCCGGCAAGCGGGGCGGCGCCCUCGCACCGCCGCUGGGGACCGACACGCUGCGGAAUCGGAUCGAGCCCAUGCACCGGGCAAAGAAGGACGCUGCAGAAGCGGUUGGAGAGGCAGCCGGCGUCUGCCGUCACAACGAGUCCCAGCGCUGGUUGGACAUGCGCGUCGGCUCGCCCGAGGACUGCUGUCGCGACCCUCCCGUCGUGACGCAGCCUCCGACGAGCUCUGCAACCGAGGAGAGUGAGGGUGCGCCUCCCCUCACUGCUGGCCUGGCUGCGCACCGCCCCACAAAGCACCCCCUCGAGCAUCUCUACAAGUACAAGUGCAAGGGCGACCUUCUCCAAGUCGUCAACGCGCCCGGCGGCUCCGGCAAGACUUUAGCCUUGGCCACCCUCCUUGCGGAGCAGGAGGAGAUCCGCUCUCGGUCGGCAACGUGGCAGCUAGUCGAGGAGGGACUCGGUAGUUGA